UCGACCAGCUUUCCCUAAAGUUCAAGAUUGUAUCUUUUACUCCAUUUACACGCCCAAAUCAGAGAAAAGAAGUAGAAAAUUUUCAAAUUUCCUUAGAACUGAAUCCUAAAUUUCAUGGAGAACGUUGGGUUAAAUUCAUCUGAACAAAUCCCUGAAGAAAUAUUAAUUCCAGACCCCCACCUUUCUGGGGUGUUCUUCGAAAAACCUAUAAAUCAAGAAUCUGAAAGAGUUUCAGCCAUGGAUGAGGACCAAACCCGAGAACCUUUAGCUGAUUCGAUGGUUUGCGAUAUGGGUUCUAGACUAGUCCCAAAAGGGUUCACAAAACCCAACUGUACAGAGGAAAUCGUGCUUUUCAUUAAUUCUGGUGCCCAGGCGUCAGUUGAAAUAGAUUCCAGUAUGAAGUUUCUGGCUGAUGACUAUUUCCAAGGGGGAAACAUAUUUCAGACAGAGGAAUACAUCACUGAGGGUGGUGACUGCCCAUUCAUCUAUCGAUCAGCACGACUAGGAAACUGUAGUUAUGUGAUUGAUAAUCUUCCUCCUGGAGAUUACUGUAUUGAUCUUCACUUUGUGGAGAUUAUAAACGUCUUUGGUCCUAAAGGAAUGAGAACAUUUAAUGUGUUCAUGCAAGAGGAGAAGGUUCUAUCUGAUUUUGAUGUCUUUUCAAUUGUUGGCGCCAAUAAGCCCUUGCAAUUAGUUGAUGCUAGAGUUUCUAUUAAGGAAGAGGGGCCCCUGAUAAUUAGGUUUGAAGGGAUCAGUGGAAGCCCAGUGGUUAGCGGGAUUUGCAUACGGAAAGCAUCUAAUUCAGGUCCCAGACUGAGAAGGGAGCAUCUUAUAUGUAAUAACUGUUCUUCUGAGAUAGAAGUCACAUCAGCUCAGAAAAAAGAGCUGCGCUUCCAAUCAACCGCAAAAUAUGAGAAGAAGAUACAAGAGCUGACUGAGUCAUUGCAGCGCAAGACAGAUGAAUGUUAUCAAUCAUGGAUGUCCUGGACAUCCGCUAAUGAGCUGCUGGAGAACAUUAGGAUGGAACUUGACAAUAAAUCUUACCAGACUUAUUCCCUUGAUCAAACUUUACAGAAGCAAGCUGAGAAGCUGAAUGGUAUUUCAAGCACAUAUGAGAACAAGAAAAAGUUCUGGGUUGCAGCAAUAAGUGAUUUGGACAAAAAAGUUCAGAGGAUGAAACAAGAGCAUAUUCAACUUUCUCGGGAAGCACAUGAGUGUGUCGAUUCAAUCCCUGAGUUGAAUAAGAUGGUCUUUGCAGUUCAGACUCUUGUUGAGCAGUGUGAGGAUCUUAAAGUGAAGUACAAUGAAGAGCAAGUGAAGAGAAGGAAGCUAUUUAAUCAAGUGCAGGAGGCAAAAGGAAAUAUCAGGGUAUUCUGUCGAUGUCGUCCAUUAAGCAAGUCUGAGGCUUUAGCUGGCUGUUCAAUCGUUGUAGACUUUGAUGCAGCCAAAGAUGGUGAACUUGGAAUUCUGAAUGCUGGCUCAAUGAAGAAAACCUUCAAAUUUGACCGUGUCUACACUCCAAAAGAUGAUCAAGUUGAUGUCUUUGCUGAUGCUUCGCCUAUGGUUACUUCAGUAUUAGAUGGAUACAAUGUUUGUAUCUUUGCUUAUGGGCAAACAGGAACGGGCAAGACAUUUACAAUGGAGGGCACUGUAGAAAAAAGGGGUGUCAACUAUAGGACCUUAGAAGAAUUGUUCAAAAUUGCCAAGGAGAGGAGUGAGAAUUUUACUUAUAAGAUAUCAGUUAGUGUGCUUGAAGUCUACAAUGAGCAAAUUAGAGACCUUUUGGAUGCAUCAUCUGCAUCAAAAAAAUUGGAGAUUAAACAAGCAUCUGAAGGCUUCCAUCAUAUACCUGGGAUAGUGGAAGCAGAAGUUGAAAAUAUAAAGGAAGUUUGGGAUGUGCUGCAGGCUGGAAGCAGUGCAAGAGCAGUUGGAUCCAACAACGUGAAUGAGCAUAGUAGUCGUUCUCACUGCAUGCUUUGUGUAAUGGUAAGAGCUAAGAACAUGAUUAAUGGAGAGUGUACCAAGAGCAAGCUCUGGCUUGUGGAUUUGGCUGGCAGUGAGAGGCUGGCAAAGACUGAUGUGCAUGGUGAUAGGCUCAAGGAAGCUCAAAACAUCAAUAGAUCUCUUUCAGCUCUUGGAGAUGUUAUAUCUGCUUUAGCAAAUAAAAGCACCCACAUUCCUUACAGGAACUCGAAGCUAACACAUUUACUCCAAGAUUCAUUAGGUGGUGAUUCCAAGACACUGAUGUUUGUACAAAUAAGUCCUUCAGAGAAGGACUUGAGCGAAACUCUAAGUUCAUUAAACUUUGCAACCCGAGUUAGAGGAAUUGAGCUGGGUCCUGCAAGAAAGCAAAUUGAUACUAGUGAGCUCCAGAAAAUGAAAUUGAUGCUUGAGAAAGCAAAACAAGAAUCUAGAUCUAAAGAUGAAUCGAUCAGGAAGCUAGAUGAGAGCUUACAGAGCAUAGAAAAUAAGGCCAGAGGGAAGGAUGCUAUUUUGAAAAGCCUGCAGGACAAGAUCAAAGAAUUGGAAAAUCUGCUAGAGUCAAUAACAUCAUCACGCCUACAGUCAGAAAAACAAGUUUCGAAUCUUUCAGAGAGAUUGAAGGGGAGAGACGAAACAUGUGCUAGUCUUCAAGAGAAGGUCAUAGAGCUAGAGAAAAAUCUAAGAAAGGAAGGGCAGCUUGAAUCUGCAUCGUAUGAGAAGAAGGUAAAGGAUCUUGAAAUCAAGCUGAAGGAACAAGUUAAGGAGUCGGAGUCGCACUCUAUCAUCCUUCAACAAAAGGUUAAGGAGCUUGAGAGAAGAUUAAUUGAAGAGCAGGAACAUAACUCUGAGGCUACUUCACUUCGUCAGAAGAUUAAAGAACUCGAAGACAAGAUCAGAGAGCAAGAACAACAGUUGGCAUGCGCCACAGUUUCUGACUCGGCUAUUGAUUCAACACGAUCCACCCCUCUUGAAGGAAAGCAUUCAGUCAGAGAUGAGCUAAUGAAUGAUUGUGAACGUCGUAUUUUAAGGAGUUCGAAUUCAUUAAGCCGCCAUUCGAGUCAAGGUCCUACUUCCCAGAAGGAUACCUCGCUCCACACUGCUAGAAGGAAGCGCUUAUCAAGAAAUGGAGAGACAGAGAACAAUGCUGCCAUAUCAAGUGAUAACAAAGGCAGGCAAUCUGACCCCCCUAAACCAUUUCCUAGAAUUUCAAGAGCAACAGCCAAGCCGGUGAUCACUGCCCAGAGGCCAACCCUUCAUGGCAAAACAAGCAGGGAUCCAGUUCAGGGAAUAAAAGAGCGGGAAAACAAGAAAAGGAUUUGGUCAAGAUAAUGCAGGUUAAUCAAAAGAAGCCACUCAGUUUUAGGAACGGCAACCAUUACAGAUAGUGUAUAUUUUACACUUAACUCGUAUUCUGAUCUGAAUACCAUCUGUUGUAUCUUUGACAAAAUUGAGUCCAAACCCGCUAUGAUAAAG